CGAAGAGGCUGAACUUUUAGGACACAAUUUUUUUUUUACAUGACAUUUCAUUAUGACAUAUGACAGAUGACAACAAUUAACCAAAAUCCAAUUAUAAAUUUAGAGUAAACAUAGUGCUUUCAAAUUACAUACAGCAAAUAAAACGAAAAAAAGAUGAAAUAUAAUGAUAGAGAAUUGGUAAAAUUUGGCGAGAAUAAAGCAGAUUUAGAAGGAAUCUUACAUCACAUGAAACCAAUUGGAAAUGAUUGGUCUGACUGGUAUCAACGUCCUUCUUUCAAAGAAAGAUAUUUCAAACUAAUAUCGAAUAUUUUAUUUUAUUAUCGACUGGGAGAGGAGGAACCAAUAGGUAUUUUGAUAAUAGAAAACGCUCAAGUUUCUUAUGAACGCCCUCACAAAGGUAUACCGUUCGCGUUUUCCCUCACAUUCAAAGUCAAUGAAAGAUGUGGAGAUGAGGAAGCAAAACAUAUUUUUUCUUGUCGAUGUGAUACAGAUGUAAGUAAAUGGGUGGCUGCGUUGAAAAUAGCGUCCUAUGAAUACUGGAGGUCUCAGUAUGUUAUAUUAAAAACCAAAAUUAGUAUGCGGACUGGAAAAGAUCCUAUAUUGGAGUAUAUUAAAAGUAAAAAUUGUGUAGUGAAAUGUGAAGAAAUUAAGCAAACAAAAAUGAAGGAAACUCAAGCGACUUUUUACAGUCAUAUUGACAUAGAUUCAUUUAGUGAAAGUGAUAGUUAUGCAUUGAAAAAUAGUGAUGAUACUAAUAGUACUGAUGUUAUUGUUGAAAACUUAAUUAAGCUUUAGGUACAUUGUAGAAUUGUCAGUUUUAUUAGUUGAUUUAACUUUAUACUGUUUUUUAUCCCUAAUUAAGGCAGGUUAUUCAAAUUUUAAUUCAAAUUGUUUUCAGUAUUUGUCACCCAAUUAUAAUUAGAGAAUAAUUCACCAAAUUCUCUGGGAAUGUUGUUUUUUACCUCAGCAAACACAAGUGUCUUGACAUAUUUUGAAAUAUAUAGACAUUCUUGAGCUGAUAUGAUUACAUCGAAACAAUUUUUCUCAGAUAAAAAAUAGUUUUGAUAGAAAAUUUAAUUUUUUUGGUCAAAUGAAUAAAAUAUUUCAAUAUUGAUUUUUUUUGUAUAUAUUUCUCUAAUAAAUAAAUUUAUUACAUGUUAAUCAUCAUGGUCUGCCUGCCUCCAAUAAUGUUUUAGGUGACAAUAAGACUUCUAUCACAUCUAGUCAUUAAUGUAUUUCUUGGAGCCUACUUUGAAUUUUUUAGGUUUAAUUGUGUAUCAUUAUAGAUUAGCAAUUUUUUGUAAAAUCUAGUCUUAUUAUCACUCAUUUUCAUAAUGCCUUAUUUUCACAAUUUUCGAAGCCUUCCUAAUUGCUAAGGUAUAUUAUAGUUUAUAAUAACUCUUAUUAAAAUGCCUAUCUGGUUAUAAUUAACUGAGUUGAUUGUAAAUUAAAUUAAAAUUAAUAAUGUGGAGUUGACCUUGUAAGAUUCCUAAUUUAAGAUAAAUUUGUAUACUAUUUUUUUAAUUUUACACUAAAUUAUGUAGUACUUUAUAAGAACGUUCUAUUGACAUUAAAUUGAGUAAACAUUUUAUAUAAAUAGGAAUUGUUUCUUUUUGCAGUCAAAUCAUGAAGAAAUUAUUAGUAAGGGCAGAAUAACAUUUUGGGUUCAAUUUAACUACAAAAACUAAUCAGUAACUGUGUUAAAUAUCUUGGCUACCUAUUGAACUACGACCUUCCAGUUCAUUAUUUGUGUGCAUUGAAAUUUUAUACAGAGAGUAACAAAAAGAUGUACAGUAAAUGUAACCUUAAUUUCUGGGUUUGCAAAUAAGUCGAUUUGAGCUAACCUGCUUAUAUAAAAAAUGGAUAGUAUAAAAGUUGUUUAAAGUUGAAAUUUUAAAAGUGAUUUUGUGCUCUUACUCUAAAACGCCUUGACAAAUAGAAAGUGUACAUGGUAUGUUAGUAUACACAGUGACUCUUAAAAUGGAGUUGGUGUCAUUUAAAAUUGUUUUAAUUCUAUAGAUUUUUAAAAGGGUUCUGCACCCCUUUGAC